AUGACCUCCCUUAAGCAAUUUAUACGAAAUGUGCGUGCAUCGAAGACGAUUGCGGACGAGCGAGCCGUAGUACAGAAAGAAAGUGCUGCAAUUCGCGCGAGUUUCAGGGAUGAGUACACAGACUCCAAUGUCAGGAGGAAUAAUGUUGCAAAACUACUUUAUCUCUUUACAUUGGGCGAACGGACGCAUUUUGGUCAGAUUGAAUGCCUCAAACUCCUCGCCUCGCCACGCUUCGCCGACAAACGUCUGGGGUACUUGGGAACCAUGCUUCUUCUAGAUGAAAAUCAAGAGGUUCUGACAUUGGUCACAAAUUCAUUGAAAAAGUUGGUGUUCCAGAAUGACUAUGUUUGUUGGAUUCCCACUGAUCGACUCUUUAGUGAUUUAAACCAUUCAAACCAAUAUGUGGUUGGCCUUGCCCUCUGUACACUAGGAAAUAUUGCCUCCGUCGAGAUGUCCAGAGACCUAUUUCCGGAAAUAGAGUCUCUAAUAUCCACCGCCAAUCCCUAUAUUCGCAGAAAAGCCGCCCUGUGUGCAAUGCGUAUCUGCCGAAAGGUCCCGGAUUUGCAGGAACACUUCAUUGACAAGGCAAAGGUCCUCUUAUCUGAUCGAAAUCAUGGUGUUUUGCUCUGUGGCCUUACACUUGCCAUCGACUUCUGUGAACAGGAUGAGGCGGAAGGGGGGCAAGAGAUAAUAGAACAAUUCCGACCGCUAGCUCCGGGUUUAGUAAGAACUUUGAAAGGCUUGACGACCUCAGGUUAUACACCAGAGCACGAUGUUUAUGGAAUUACGGACCCAUUUUUGCAAACCAAGGUCCUCCGGUUACUUCGAGUCUUAGGCAGAGGCGAUGUAGCGACUAGUGAACUGAUCAACGACAUCCUUGCUCAAGUUGCGACUAAUACUGAGUCUAGCAAAAAUGUUGGAAACUCUAUAUUAUACGAGGCUGUGUUGACAAUUCUUGAUAUAGAAGCUGAUUCUGGUCUGCGAGUACUGGGCGUGAACAUCCUUGGGAAAUUUCUGGCCAACAAGGAUAACAACAUCCGAUAUGUCGCACUUAAUACCUUGGUAAAGGUUGUUGCUGUCGAACCUAACGCCGUGCAGAGGCAUCGGAACACAAUUUUGGAAUGUUUGCGAGACGCUGACAUUAGUAUCCGACGGCGAGCACUUGAUCUCAGCUUUACUUUGAUUAACGAGGGAAAUGUUCGAGUUCUGGUCCGUGAACUCUUAGCUUUCCUGGAAGUCGCAGAUACGGAGUUCAAACCUGUCAUGACAACCCAAAUAGGGAUUGCAGCCGACAGAUUUGCGCCCAAUAAGCGCUGGCACGUUGAUACUAUGUUGCGAGUGCUGAGGCUUGCUGGGAAUUACGUGAAAGAACAAAUUCUCUCUUCCUUCGUUCGUCUUAUCGCCACCACCCCGGAUCUUCAGACAUAUUCUGUUCAAAAAUUAUAUGCUGCUCUUAAGGAGGAUAUAUCUCAAGAAGGCCUGACUCUGGCCGCAGCCUGGGUUAUUGGAGAAUAUGGCGACGCGCUCCUCCGUGGUGGACAGUAUGAAGAGGAGGAACUUGUGAAAGAGGUAAAGGAGAAUGAUAUCGUGGACCUUUUUUUGAAUAUUCUAAACAGUACCUAUGCCUCCCAAAUUGUGACUGAAUAUAUUGUCACCUCAGCCACGAAACUCUCCACGAGGAUGACUGAUCCUGCUCAGGUAGAACGUAUUCGCAGAUUUCUGAAUAGUAGAGCAGCCGACCUUAACGUUGAGAUUCAACAGCGAGCCGUGGAAUAUACAAACCUCUUUGGCUACGACGAGAUAAGGCGCGGUGUAUUUGAAAAAAUGCCACCACCGGAAAUCCGCGAAGAACAACGAGUCCUAGGACCUUCAGCAAACAAACGACAAACUAGAGUAUUAAAAGACAAAUCAAAAAAACCAGUGAAGCCGUCAGAACAGGACAUGCUUCUUGAUCUCAUGGGUGGCUCUGAUGUUCCAGCCGCAGAAACAAGCAAAACUCACAACGGAUCGCAGAAUACGGCAGACUUAUUGGCUGAUAUUCUAGGUGGUGGUCCUCCUGCACAAUCACCACAAACAUCUUCAUCACCCAGCUUAUUCGCAGCCACCAAAUCUCUGUCGUCCCAAACUCCUCUUCCUGCUGCUGCAACACGUGGACACACCGCAUUUAACAAGAACGACCUCGCGUUAAAAUUGCAAGUUCAAAGAAGCGGCCCGUCGGCUGCUCAGAUCUUAGCAAAAUUCUGUAACACGUCGAAUUUCGAUCGCUUUGCCAACGUUGGGUUACAGGCAGCCGUGCCGAAAUCGCAGAAGCUUCAACUCUCGGCCAUCAACAAGGCAGAGCUUGACGGCGGAGAGGAAGGCUCUCAGUCGAUGAAAAUAACGUCUGCAACGAGUAACCCUUUACCUACUAAACUGCGACUACGCCUCAGGGUUACCUAUUCCAAAAAUGGCUCGGAUUCAGUAACGGAGCAGGUGGAUUGGACGGAACCUUAG